UCAGUAGCAUUACAGAAUGCAGCGAACACAUCUCCUGCAAAGGCAGAAGAGAAGAAAGGAGAAAACUUUAGAGAAGGGAAGGAAGAAAUACAGUAACUGAGAGAAGAACAUGCUGCUUGAGGAAGAAGACAUAUAAACUGACAGUCAAGUACUCCAAGCGUUACACAAGGAACAUGUCACGACCACCAGGAAGAAAGCAAGACAAUCACAAAAUAGUAGUUCUGCCCUCAGCAUGAAUCCUGAGGCCAAAACCCUGCUGCUAAUUUGGGGAAAUGAAGCUGUGCCAGCCACAUCUCUAUCACAUAAGCAGUUACAGGAAUAGAUGGUUCAGCUGAAGCUGCAGCACACCUGCUACCCACUGCGUGCUUCCUAGAUAGCAGACCACAUCUUCUUUUGGGGACUGGCAUUUACCUACUGUUUCUUCCUCUGCUUCUGCACAUCACAUGAGCAGAGAACUUUUUGUGCUCACAUAUGGGGCUUUGGUAGCCCAGCUGUGUAAGGACUAUGAAAAAGAUGAAGAUGUCAACAGCUGUUUAGAUAAAAUGGGGUAUGGCAUUGGCAUAAGGCUGAUUGAAGAUUUUUUAGCUCGCUCAGCUGUGAAAAAAUGCCGCAGUUAUUCUGAAACUGCAGACGUGAUUGCACAGGUUGCUUUCAAGAUGUACCUUGGUGUCACCCCUAGCGUGAGCUGCAGCAGUGCCGCGGGAAAUGAGUUCUCCUUAAUCCUGGACAAGAACCCAUUAGUGGACUUUGUGGAGGAGCUCCCUGCAGGUCGAGCAUCACUUUGCUAUUGUAACCUCCUCUGCGGAGUGAUUCGAGGCGCCUUGGAGAUGAUUCACUUAGCAGCAGAAGUUACCUUCCUCCAAGACAAGCUGAAGGGUGAUGCUGUGACUGAAAUAGGAAUUGUAUUUUUAAAGAAGGCUGAAGACAAAAAGCAGAAAAGAAAUAAAUGAAAGAAACAUCGGGAGGAACACUUACCAAGGGGUAUUUUGCUCCUUUUGUUUCUGAAGAAGAUAUACAGGGCAGGAAUUAAUUGGCUGUAAUCAUUCAUAAAUUUGAAAGGUGAAGAGAGUCAGAAAGCCAGCACAAGGUGGGGGGAAAAAUCUUCAUUAUCAUGAUACAGAUAUCACUAUAAAAGAUCAAAACGGCUUCAUCCUUUUACUUUCCUCUCACAUAACCAUGCUUUUGAGCUCAAUGAAAGUUUUAUCUCAGUUUCUCUCUGCAUGUUGGAUCCAAAAUAUCACACGUACCUUUUUCAGCUGAAUGUGACUGUCUUCCCAUUUUGUCUACUGGUAAAGUUUCAAAGCUUUGUUGUUAAGAGAUGCAUUUUUCCCUGGCUGUUUGUGAUUAGGAAUAGUAAAUUCACUCCCUAUGACUACUGCAUGCGGUUUCGUACUGUGAAGGAUCUAUUUUGAGAUGUCAUGAUUUAUUAUUCAUUGCCCUUUACACUGAACAUCCUCUUCCCUUUGAUACCGGAGAUGAAAUUUAACUGAUGGCAGGAAAUGGUUUGUUAUGGGCCUUUCUGGCCCAAAUGCAGUUUGGCUGAAAUGCCUUGUUCAGCAUUAUACACACGGCAGGCCCUGGUGCUCUGAUGGCCACAGCAAUAUUUGUGUUGCUUCAAACCUAAGCUUUUUUGCAAUUCUCACCUCCAUGUUAUCUUCAAGAGCAUUGAUGUCAUGACCAAACUGACCAAUGCCUGGCGUAAUUAAUGUGUAGUUACUGCAGAUCUGUACUUCACCUAAGAAAAUUGAAAUAAAAAUUCGGAGAUUGCUAUACCACCAA